AUGACUGUCGUGAUCAUGCGGGCACUUACGUAUUGUUUUUCCUCCAACCUUUCGUUCCAGUGCUCUCCUGAGCUCACCAUGCGUGGGGCCACAGACGCUCCAGUCACCACGGCCGCAAUGAGAGCGCUGGUGGGCGAGUUCAUGACGACGGUCGACACGAAGAUCAAAGAAGCCGUCGCCCCCAUCACCGCGAAUAUGAACACCAACAGUGCGGAGCUUGUCAGGCGGAUCAAUCUCGCCCGAGCCGAGUUGAAGGAGCAUGAUGCCAGGACCAAGGUGAAAGCGACCUCCCCGAUCGCCGCCAAUGCGGAGGGUGAGUUCCAUCGAGUUCCCCAGUCGUACGUCAUCAUUUUGCAGACUCCAGAUCAGGCCAAAGAGUUCCGCAUCCAGGCGGGUGUCACUACGAUGCAGUGGAUCGACCCGAGGAACCAGAGGCAGUACACGCUCCGUGCCAGGGGCGACUUGCCCGAAGACGUGAGGGACAAGCAGCGAGCCUUGUCGAAGCUAUUCAUCCCGAUCCGCGACCUGUGUCAGAAGAGCGCGAACUGGCCCCCUAACUGUCGUGUUGAAGUCGAUGGUUUCAAGGGCAGACUCUUCGUGACCAACGGCGACGACAUCUGGACGCUCAUCGCGACCAACCAGAUCUCCAUGGACAAGUUCAACUUCGUCCCCGUCGGCGACGAGCUUUCCGACCGGGGGGUAAACAUGCCGCAGGUUUUCAGCAUCUGCACCUGGAACUGUCAGACUCUCUUCUACUCCAUCCACUCCCCCAUCUCGCGCAGCAAGCCAACGUUCGACGUCGCGAGGCGCCUCAUGGGCAAGCGCUCCAUCGCGCGCGUGCAGGGGGUCCACGGGUGUCCUGGGGAUCUGCGCACUCUUCGCAGUGAACUACCCGAUGUGGAGGUGUUCGGGUCGUUCGACUCUUCCGAGUGCGCCGGCGGCAUUGUCGCGCUCGUCCAGUCCAAGCUGUUCUCU